CUGUAGAAAGCUUCGGAUAAACGUUGACUCGCUCUGAGGUGAUUGAGAGUAAAUGAUGGAGCACAUACGGUUGCCAAAGGUUGAGAGCGUUCAGCUAGUGGAUAGGGGCAGUGUUCAAAGGGCACGAGUUGGCACACUGUACUUGACAGCAUUUCAUACAGUGUUUGUGGAUAGUAAACCAGGACCUCGCAAUGAACUGUGGGUGCUGCACAGUUUGGUGUGUAAUAUCAAGAAGCAAAGUGCUACCGCUUUGGGACACCCACUGCUCAUUCAGUGCAAAAAUUUCCAUGUGUUUCAACUGAUAAUCCCACAGCAACACGACUGCAACGAUGUUUAUGCAUCGCUCAUACGUCUCUCCAGGCCAGAGCAGUAUGAGGAACUUUAUUGUUUUUCUUUUAAUCCUUACCUGAACAAGACCGAGAGUGACCAGGCCUGGGACUUUAUAGACCUGAGGGCUGAGUACAGGCGAAUGGGAUUGCCAAAUAAACUAUGGCAUGUCACCUCCAUCAACCGAGAAUACAGGAUGUGUGACACAUAUCCCGCUAACCUUUUAGUGCCUAAAUCGGCCACACUCCCGGUUAUUGUAGGGAGUUCUAAGUUUCGCAGCAGGGGCCGAUUUCCCACACUGUCCUACUACUGCAAGGAAACCCAGGCAGCCAUAUGUCGUAGCAGUCAGCCACUGUCAGGUUUCAGUGCCCGCUGCCUAGAAGAUGAACAGAUGCUGGAAGCCAUCAUGAAGUCCAACCCUGCCAGCCAAUUUAUGUAUGUUGUGGAUACCAGACCAAAGCUCAAUGCAAUGGCAAACCGGGCUACAGGAAAGGGCUAUGAAAAUGAGGACAACUACACCAAUAUCAAAUUUCAGUUCCUUGGAAUUGAAAAUAUCCAUGUGAUGAGGAACAGUCAACAGAAACUGAUUGAAGUGUCUGAUCUUUGCUCUCCAUCCAUGGGGGAAUUUAUUUCCGGACUGGAAAAUUCAGACUGGUUGAAACACAUCAGAUCAAUACUGGCUGCUGGAAUCUUUGUUGCCAGGGCAGUGGCAGAAGAAGGCGUUAGUGUGUUGGUUCACUGCUCUGAUGGUUGGGAUCGGACAGCACAGGUGUGCUCUGUGGCCAGUGUACUUCUUGACCCUUACUACAGAACUCUCAAGGGACUUAUGGUGCUGAUUGAAAAAGACUGGGUGUCAUUUGGACACAAGUUUUCUCACAGGUAUAGCCACAUCGACGGAGACCCAAAGGAAGUUUCGCCUGUUAUGGACCAGUUCUUAGAGUGUGUGUGGCAGCUUAUGGAGCAGUUUCCCUGUGCCUUUGAAUACAAUGAGAAAUUCCUCAUAAGCAUCCAUGACCAUAUUCAUUCAUGUCACUAUGGCAACUUCAUUAGCAACAGUGAGAAAGAAAGGAAACAUCUGGGUGUUAAAGAGAAGACUCACUCAGUCUGGCCUCAGUUGUGGAAAAAUAAAUCAGUUUAUGUGAAUCCUCUGUUCAGACCAGACCACAGUCAGACCCAGGGAGUUCUGCGUCCUUUCACUUCCCCCUACUGUUUCAAGUUCUGGAGUGGUUUGUAUAAUCACUUUGACAGGGGUUUGCACCCUCGUCAGUCUCUGCUGGAAUGCGUAACAGCUGUAAAAGAGGAAACACAGCAGUUAGAAGAAGCGCUGGCCAUUUGUAAGCAGAAACUUGCCACAUUGAGUAAGAAGCAGGUGAACAUCGCUGACAUGAAGAAACAUGUACCAGUCUACAUAAGCCCAGCUACCGUCCCUCAGGAUUACGACAGUGGAAUUAGAAGUGACCCUAAAGUGCUUUUUGGAAAAACACCAAAAAUCUCAGACCAGGAUUCAGGAGAGGAAAACUUCAACUGCCAUUUUUCUAGCAAUGGUGACACAAAUUAAGAAAACAUCGAGAACCCUAACUCACAUACAGCUGUCUUUAACACUACCUAAAAAUGGUGCAUGUGAAAAUGAAAGCAACAGAAUGUGCAAUUAUAUUAGAAACAGAAAAAUAUUAUGUAUGCACCUGA